AUGGGAUUUUAUGGAAUCAAUAGCUACUUCCCUUUCUUUAUUUUUCUUGUGAUUAUAAAUUUUGUGAUGAAUAACGUUGUUUGUCAAGAAGUUAAGUUUGAUCAAAACUAUGUUGUUACCUACGGUCAAGAUCAUUUCUGGCCGCUAGCUGGAGGAUCAGAAGUUCAACUUUCACUUGAUCGAGCUUCAGGUCUCAUGAGCUGGAUUCAAGUCGAAGAUUGGAUAUGGUUCAGGAUAUUUUAACAUAAAUUAAAGCUGCCUUCCAGACAUUCUCCUGGAGUCAUCACUACUUUUUAUUUACAUUCAAGCCCAGACAACAAUGGUGGAGCUCAUGAUGAGAUUGAUUUUGAGUUCUUGGGGACAGAUGGGCCACAAUAUGUUCUUCAAACUAAUAUUUUUGCAAAUGACAAUGGAGGAAGAGAGCAAAGAUUACAUUUAUGGUUUGACCCAACCUUAACUUUUCAUGACUAUGCAAUUCUUUGGAAUUCCCAUCAAAUUGUGUUGUUUAUAGAUGGAAUGCCAAUAAGGGUGUUAAAAAACUACUCAGCAAUUGGGGGAAGAUAUCCAUCAAAAGGAAUGUUUGUGUUGGGAAGCAUUUGGAAUGGAGAAGAAUGGGCAUCAGGUGGGAAGAAAGUGGAUUGGUCUCAAGCACCAUUUCAAGCAAAUUACAAAGGUUUUGCCAUUCUUGGCUGUCCUUUUGGAAGCCAUUGUGACUCUCAAACCUUUCUAUGGAACAAAGCUGAUAGAUGGCAACUAAACCCCAAAGAACAAAAAAUGUAUCAACUUGUCAAGGCAAAAUAUGUGUAUUAUAGUUAUUGUUCUAAUCCAAGAGCAACCCAACUGUACAAAGAGUGUCAGUUUGAAUAA